AUGUUUGCAAACAUCAAAUUGAAUUUAAUCACUGCACUUGCAAUCUUAUCCUACGUUGAAGCUUUAAAUCUUCCUCGUUUUAAUAAUGAAAAAGUCGUGGUUCAUCAAGAAGCUAAAAGAGCUAAUCCAAUAGGUGAUUUUAUUGGAAGUAUUUUUGGUGUAACUGAUGUUGCAACCGAGGCUACAAUUAAUGAUAGUACGGCUGUAGCUCAAACUAAUGUUGACACCAAUACUCAAAAUGCUGAUACUACUGCUGAUGAAUCAACUGGUAGAGGUAUCAUUAAAACUAGUAUAAGACCAACCACUUCUGCUGCUCCACAAGAAUCUAACACUAGAACAUCCGUCGCGGCUGAAGCUACUACUAUUGCAAGUUCAAAUAAUGAAGCCAAUACUCAAAUUGCUGGAACUUCUAGUGCUCAACAACAAGCUACCUCAAGUGUUCAACAACCACAACAAGCUACUUCUAGUGCUCAACCACAACAAGCUACUUCUAGUGCUCAACAACAAGCUACCUCAAGUGCUCAACAACCACAACAGGAAACCACCUCAAGUAUCCAACAACAACAAAGUAGUGCUCAGCAACCAGCAACUAGUGCUAACCAAGAACCAGCUACUUCGAGUGUUCAACAACCACAACAAGCAACUUCUAGUACUCAGCAACUACAAGAAGCAGCUUCAAGUAUUCAUCAACAAGAACAAGAAACUAAUAGUUCUCCUACAGCUACUCCAGUUGUUUCAAGUAUUCAACAACCAGAACAAGAGACCACUCCAUCUCCAGCAACCACUGCUGCCAUUUCAAGUGUUCAGCCAGAGCAAGAAUUGCAAGAGCAAGAAAAAGAGACUGCUUCAGCACCAGUUACUACACCAGCUACUUCAAGUGUUCAACCAGAGCAGGAAACUACUUCUUCACCAGCGACUACACCAGCUACUUCAAGUGUUCAACCAGAGCAGGAAACUACUCCUUCACCAGCGACUACACCAGCUACUUCAAGUGUUCAACCAGAGCAGGAAACUACUCCUUCACCAGCGACUACACCAGCUACUUCAAGUGUUCAACAACCUGAAGACGAAACUACUCCUUCACCAGCUACCACACCAGCUACUUCAAGUGAAACUGCAGUUCGUCCAUCUGAUACCCAGCUUGAAGACACUACAGUAUCAGCAGAAGAACCUCAACCAACCACUACACAUACUUCUUCCACCUUUUCUACUUCAUCUACUAGUGUUACUGAAAAGACAACAGUUACUUCGGGAACUACAUUGCCUGAUGUAACUAGUGAAACUACAUCUACUAGAGAUACUGCUACUGAAACUUCUCCUACUUUGGAAACUCCAAGUGUUCAAGAUGUCACUAGUCAAACUCCGGUUGAUACCAGUAGUCCAACACCAGCUACUUCUGAUGUCACUAGUCCAACACCAGCUACUUCUGAUGUCACUAGUCAAACCCCAGUUACUUCUGGUGUCACUAGUCAAACUCCGGUUGAUACCAGUAGUCCAACACCAGCUACUUCUGAUACUACUGACACAGUUACACCAGUUACUUCAGAACUUGAUACCACCACCUCUCAAGAUGCCGAAACUGUUUCUGAAAACAACACUAGUUCACCUGAUUCUAAUUUUGUUUCAAGUGUUGGUGCCGAAACAUCAUCUUCACCAUUAUUGGUUGAACCAAGUACUAGUGAAUUAACUUCAUCCAGUUCACCAACUUUCUUAUCAACCUUCCCAACUGAUACAACCACCACUCCAGAUGAUAUUUCUAAUGUGGAAGAACAGACUAGUUCUCCAAGUGAAACGGUUUUGACUCCAGAGGGUACUUCUAGUGAUGCUACCAAUGCUGGCACUUCAGUUCAAAAUGAUGCUUUGCCAUCUGAGAAUUCUCCAACUGAUUCAUCUGCUACUGUUGUUACUCCUACCGAUAGUGCAUUAGAAUCCGAUGCUACAACAAGUUCACCAACUGGUGCUUCAACCUUCCCAACUGAUGUUGCUUCUAGUGUUGAUACUAGCAGUUCUUCUCUUUCAUUGGUUUCCCCUACUGAAUCCGAAUUGGAUACCAGUGCCAGUGCUGGCGAAAGUACCUUGUCACUUGAAGGUUCUUCAGCUACCGAAGGUACUUCAGCUACUGAUGGUUUAACCCCAUCUGACACUUUUGUUGAUGCAUCUACUGUCGAUACUCAAUCAACAGGUGCUUUUGCUUCUACCUUCCCAACUAAUUCUGGUUUGGAAUCCACUCCAUCUCCUGCCACAUCUAGUUUUGAAACUGGUACUAGUUCAUCACUUUCCACAGGUUUACAAGAUACCACUGGUUCUGGUUUGGACACUGUUGCUACUACAGCUGGUUCUGAUGAUACCGUUUCUUUAGAAACCGGAAGUAAUACCACUAUUGAACCGACUGAUGUUUCAACCUUCCCAACAGAUGCUUCUACUAAUGAUUUGUCAGGAACCACCAACCCUGUGCCAACAAUCAACACCGAAACCACCGUUUCUACUGGCGAUGUAUCUGAUUUUUCACAACCAACAGUUGCCACUGAUAGCGGUACUACUACUAUUGCUACUCCAUCAGAGGAAACCAAUAUUUCUGGUGAAGAUUUAUCAACUGGUACUCUUGACACCGAUACAGCUGUCACUUCAGGUACCGAAUCACCAUUGGCUACUGGUACAGACACCUCUAUUCAAACUGGUACUUCUGUGUCUGGAACCAACUCUGCAAUCCCAACUGUUGCGACUGCAUCUGAUUCAGCACUUACUACAUCUGAUUCUGAAACAGCUACUCAAACCGGCACUUUCUCUACUGGAUCUGAUGAAACAGUUACUCCAAGUGGAACAUUGCUUACUGGAUCUGAUGAAACCGCUGCUACAAGCACCGGUUCUCAACUUUCAACUGGAACAGGCUCUGAAACUGUUAAUACUGGUUCCACCACUGAAACUGAAUCUGAGACAGCUGCUACUGGAUCUACCACUGGUACUGAAAGUGCAGUUGAAACUCAAUUAACGGAAUCUGAAGCUGCCACUUCCUCCCCAACUGGUACUUUCAGUAAUACUGAAUCUGGAGUUACUGAUACUACUGCUACAGGAACUGAAUCCGAAGCUGCUGUCACUACUGGCUCCUCUGUCACUGGUACCCAAUCUGAGGUUACUGCUACUACUGGUUCAUCUGUUACAGGAACUGAUUCUGAGGCUACUAUUGCCACUGGUACUAUUUCACAAGACGAAACCACAGGCACUACUGGUUCAUCUGUUACAGGUACCCAAUCAGAAGGUACUGCUACUACAGGUUCUUCUGUCACCGGUACUGAAUCAGAAGGUACUGUUACUACUGGUUCUUCUGUCACCGGUACUGAAUCAGAAGGUACUGCUACUACAGGUUCUUCAGCUACUGGCACUCAAUCAGAAGGUACUGCUACUACUGGUACUCAAUCACAAGCUUCUGCUACUACAGGUACUGAAUCUGAAGGCACAGCUACUACCGGCACUGCUUCACAAGAUGAAAGUACAGGUACCACUGGUACUGCCACCGCUACUGGUUCAGAAACUCAAGGUGAGACCACUGGUACAGCUACAAAUGUAUCUACUGGUGCCACUCGUACCGAAUCUGCUACUGAAACAGAUCUCAACAGUGAUGCUAGAACUACAGCCACUACUGGAUCAGAAGCUCAAGCUACAGAAAGUGGUACCAGAGCAACUACUGGAGCUACUGAAUCACAAGCCACUACUGCUGCUACUACUGAAGCUACUCAACCAACCGAAGCUACUGAAGUCACUGACACUACUCAACCAACUGAAGCUACUACUGCUUUUGAACCAUCUCCUAAUACUCCUGCUGAUACAGUCGUUACUUCUGCUCCAACUGGUACUGAAAUUACAUCUGAACCUACUGUUGUUGCUCCAACACCAUCUGCAGAGACCACUAGUGGUACUAGAAACUGGUUACCAUCUUCAUUGAUUAUUGCUGAAACACCAUCCAGUGAUCCAAGUGAAAGUUCUGCUUCUAUUGUUCAAGCAUCUGCUACCCCUGCAUCUACUUCAGGUUUACCAAGAGCCAUUACUCCAGAAACUACCACUACUCCAGGUGCUGAUUACCAAGUUAUUACUAUUGGUUUCAAGGCUGCAUUGAAUUAUCCAUUUGUUGUGGAACAUUCCAUUUCAUCAGCACAAAUUUUCCAAUACUUGCCAGGUGUUUUGAAAUAUCCAUUCAAUGGGGAUAAAGAUUUUGAAGAUGUUUCAGUUAGUAGAUUAAUUCCUUAUUCUGCUUCAAACAUUGAUUAUACCAUUACUGUUGCCGAAGUCUUUUUCCCUAAGGAGAGUGUCAAGGCCUUGAGUAGUUUGAUUACUACACCUGGAUCUUCUAUUUACAGAAACCCAGAUAGUACUUCAAGAUCAUUAGCAGCUUUGAUUGAUAGUAGAAUCCCAUUGACUGGUUUGACUUCAACUGAUCAACAAGUUUCAGGUUCCAGUUCAUCUUCUUCUAAUAGUGGAGGAUCCAACAAUCCAAAUGGUUCUAUUGAUGAUGUUGUUAACAAAGAAGUUUCCAAUAAAGGUAGAAUUGCUGGUAUUACUAUUGGUGCUGCUGCUGGUUGUGGUUUGUACAUGUCAUUGAUGAUUUUGUUGUUUAGAAAAUUUAGAAAGAACAACAGAUUAGAAUUACCACCAACCGAUUCAGAAUCUAAUUUGGGAUAUUCUGAUGAAGGUAGCUCAAUGAUGGAUUCAUCAUCUGGAUUUUCUGCUAUUUUCUCAAGAAUUAACCAUGGUGGUGUUAUGACAGGUGCUGGUGCUGCUACUGGAGGAAUUCCACCAGCAGGAGGUGCUGAAGCUAUUGGACCAGAUGGUCUUAGGCCAAAUAAUAUUUCACAACCUGUCCAGGCCUCAAACUCAUUGGGAUGGUAUCAUUAG